AUGGGCUACCUCAGGAAGAAAACCGAGUUGAUAUCUCGUGCCAUAAACGAUAUGACGGCAGAAACUCCGCGGCCCGAAGAUCUUCAACAGGCGUACUAUCGAUUAGAUGAACAAGUUCGUCAACGUAUCCAGGGGGCAAUCGACCCCAUGGCGCGGCUCUCGGCACUUUUGACUAGCAGUCCCACGAGGGUGGACCCGAAAUUGUACCUCCAUCAUUACCAACAAUUGGAGAUGUUCCCCGAUAAGAAUCUUCUUUUGAAGCUUGUGACGAGAUUGGCGUACCAUCGACAGUUUAACGAGAUCUGGACGAUCAUUGAGAUGAAUAAGAAUGAGGCCACUCUCAUGGACAUCGAGGACUAUGUGGACGCCAUUGUCUCACAGCUCAAGAUGAUUAAUUACCGGUACUAUGGGACCAUGGAGUGUGUCACCAGUGCCGUUCUCACGAUAUCCAACCCGAACAUAUCUAACAGUGUAGUGGACACGUUUGUGCAGAAGUAUAACCUCAAGAAGAGCAAUAUUAUCAAUGCGGUGAAGGUGACUAGGGCCACGGAGCAAACAGAUUAUUCGUGUUCAUACAUCAAGCUCGUACUGCUUCGAAAGCUUAUAGAAGAGCGCAACAACGCCAACAAGUUGGAUAUGAUUCUUACCGCCGAUAGCAAGAUCUUCACCCAUCCUGGGUGGCUUCAAUAUCUUUUACAAUCGCGAGUCGAGACGUCAUACUUGUUGAAAUCGCAUGGGGAAAGAGUAACCAUCCCAAAAUUGAUCCAUUUUAUAGAAAAGAACGCCAUCAAAUUGAACUCGUUUGAUAUCUUGACGCUCUUGAACGUGUGUGACCCGAAGGACCACCAUAUGGUGCACCAAUUGUACGAGUCACACUUUGCAUACAACCUGAGUCAUCCGUACAAUCGAGACAUCUCCUCUCAUUUUGUCAUGAAUCUGAUCAAAUAUAACCACAACGAUGUUGUGUUGCAGUGCAUAGAACAACAUUACGACUUGGUCCAUCGUCGAACCCUUGCAUACGGACUCCUGUACAUAUACGCCAGCAGCACCAACACCAACACUGCCAUCUCACACUUGCUCAGCAUUCCCGACUUACAAACCAUUCUUGUCAAUGACAGAUUAGUGCGACACGGUGACAAGUCACGCAUCUUGUCACUUUUCCUCCACCAAGUCACCCAAUCUCUACAACAGUACGACUACGAUAAAUUCCUCCAUGAGUUAUAUUUAUUGUGCGAGGUUUUAUCUAAAGUUGGACUUCUAAGUCAUUUAAAUCUCUUGAAUCUGAUCUUUCUGAAAGUAUUGAUCAAUGGAGACGAUUUGAAUAAGAGCUUCUUUACAAACUUAAUGGAAAAUUGUACACUCACCCCAAAUCAUAUGGCGCAAAUUGCCGAAUAUUCUUGGGAUACAAAGUGUCCCAUGACCAAUGACAUCCAGUACGUCCACACCUUGUUCAGUAAGACCUUGGACAAUGUGUGGGAUAAGGAGCAAUUGCUCAAUCAACUUGACCUGAACGUCGUGGUGGAACUUACAAAUCAUGACGAAAAGGUGAACGAUUUCAGUCUUUUGUAUGCACAAGCAACCCAAAAGGAUCGUUCAAUCUUUCUGUUUGCCAUAAGAAAUUUCUCCAAAAACUUAUCAAGACUCCCACUGGCCCAAGACAUAUCUCACAUCUGUAACGAAUUGAACAACUAUGUGUUCAGUGAAAGUUUCAAAUUCACACAAUCCCACUUGGGCAAGCAAUAUGUCAUGGACUACGUUAUCCGGCACGUUAUCACUGGUAUUGAUAGAGAGGUCUCACAAGAACGCAUGUCCCCAAAGGACGCAAUCAUGAAAAUGAGAGAUCUCUUAUCGAGAUUGAAUUUCCAAUCCUUGACGGCCCAGGCCGGGGUGUUCCAAUACAUGGUGAAAUACGACCCCAAUUAUUCCACCGUGAUCAUCCAAAAGUACAAGAAUGACAAGCCCCUCUUAGUCAACCCGCUCAUGAGAGGGAUCAUCCGAGGAUUGUUAACCAAUGAGAAAAUCUCCACGGAGGAGAAACAUUCAAAUUAUACGAAUUUCAGAGCCAUUCUAAAGGAAAAUGGUUACAAAUUUAAUCGAUUGGGGGUCACUACAACGAUCCAAUUGAUGGAUAUACUUGUUGAGAUUGCCGAAAAAGAUCCAAGUCGUAACUUGGACACAAUCAAGUCGGUAUUGGAGACUGCAAGAAGGCUACAAGUACGUAAGGACAUUGUUGCCAAAUGGGCUGCCAAGUUAAUGGUGAGAAAGAAACACGAUAAUUUAUAA